AGUUUUUUGAGCUUUUUCUGUGAAUCGAUGUUGAGCGCACUUCUGAUGCCUGUGGUGUUUUUGUUCUCUGGUGUACUUGAUACACUUUGCACCCAGCAACUUGUGUACCAGGGUGCUUCUGAUAUGCGUUCUAUGUUUAGCAUUUUUUCGUACUAUUUUGCACAAGCGUUAAUUGGCAUAACACCUAUUAAGUUCAGUGAUGAAGUUGGUGUUAUCACAGUCGUCGAUUUAGAAAGUUCAGGUUCAUUAGAGAACGAAGUAGAUAAGCAUAUUCAAGUAGCGAAAAAUAUGAAAAAGUUGAAAAUGCUCUAUGUGUUAUCAGCCCUUCUGGACAUUGCAGGAUACGUGAUUCGAACAAUUGGAAUGGUGUAUUGUGGGAGCGGUCUUUUCCAAGUGGCAUUCAGUUCGGUGGCCAUUUUCAGUGCGAUUUAUUCUCAUUUUCUUUUGAAAACCUACAUUUCCAACAUGCAAUGGCUCGGUAUUUUAGUUGUCACUUUUGGUCUCUGCAUCUCUCCUCUCUCGGGAAGCACUGUUACAGGCUCUCCCUACAUCGGCAUUUGCUUAACUCUCUUAGGAGCCCAAUUCUACGCGUUGAGCUACAUCGUGAAUGAAAUGAUCUUACGAAUCCCCGGCAAUAAAGGAAGCAAAGAAAUCUGCAAGAACGUGGGGCUGCUUAAUACCUUCUUGUGUCUUCUCGUGAUUCUGUUGGACACAAUUCCCAAUCGCGAGCAACUCGUUUUUUCUCCUCUCCGAGCGCGCCACGCCACGCUCCAAGAAGUGCUGAUCUCCACUGCUGUGUAUAUUGGGUCCCAUACGCUGCACUCCUAUGCUCUGUAUUCGGUGCAGGGAAUUCUGGGAGCGAUUUGGACGGGGUUGUUGCAGUGUAUUCGGGCGUGCAUUGUGUUCAUCGUAUCCAGCUAUCUUUAUUGCUCGGAGGAUCCGAACCAGUGCUUGACUUACAGCAAGAUUGUGGCGACCAUUAUCGUUACUACUGGAAUUAUCAUUUUUACAAUGGGGAAACAGAGAGUUGCGAGCCACUUACUUUCCGAUAGUGGAACGGAGAAUCAAUGGUUUGUUUUGAUGAUAGUUGAGUUUCGUGUCCCGUUACCCUUUUGUUUGGAUAACCCCAUGAUUGGUUACCGAUAUAUGAACUUGAAAGCUUGCGAAAGUGCUACUGGAGGUGGCGAAGGAGUAGAAUGGCUCGUUGAAGAGAAUUAUGACAAUACUGAUGGUCAUCUUGUGUGCGAUAUUGAUGGGUUUUCGAUUCCCCGAAACAAGGGAGUUUACACGCUUAAGCAUUAUUUGAUCACCUCUAAAUUACCUUCCUGGUUAGUAAAAUUACUUCCUUCCGACUCGAUAUUCUUGGAAGAGAAAGCUUGGAUUUCCUCGGAGUACCGCUUUGCCAUCAUCACAUUCGGAUGUAUUAGCAAAAAGAGGUUUCAAAUCGUUUUGGAGAUGAAAUACGUGAAUCAAGACCGAGGAACCAUUGAGAACAUCUUCAAUUUAUCGGAAGAGCAGCUGAAGUCUAGAACCGUGCAGCAUUAUGAUGUAUGUGAUGCUUAUAAGUCAGAAAUCAUACCGGAUAAUGAGAAUAUUUGCAAGUUCUCUUCCCAGCACAUUAGUGGAUCUCCUCUUAGUCCUGGCUGGUGGAGAAAUCGACCUCUCAAUACCAUGUGCUGCCAAUACUGGCUUCUUCAUAUUAAUUUUCACUUUUUUGGGCUCCAACAACUUGGUGAAACCCUUAUUUUUCGAAAUCAGUGUUACAUGAAUCGACAAACCGAGAGACAGAUGCUCACUAUGAUCGAUUCGUGGAUUCAUUUGUCGGAAGAAGACAUCUACCGACUGGAGCUCGAAGGCAUGGACGAGUUGAAGAAUAAGAUGAAGUCAUCUGAGCGCUCCAUGGCAUACACUUCUGGAAUAUAG